AUGGCCAUUACCAUUCUCCCUCCGGUAGUGGAGGACGUCUCCUACCCAGACUCCGACACGGAUUCCAUGUCCGUCGACUCCGAUGGAGGAGUCGGUCUCGGCGCAGGAGCUUCCAGACCGAGUAAACGGCCUCGACUGGUCGAGGGAACAGACAUUAGCUCGGGAAUCAUCACGCCAGGCGAGGUGGUGACAGACGAUCCGCAAUGGAUGCGAGGACACGGCACCUACAUGAACCCGCUAUCGACCUCGAUCAUCGCGACCGUCGCCGGCACCGUGCAGAAAACGAACAAGCUCCUCUCGGUACAACCGCUGCGGGCGCGGUACACGCCCGAAAUCGGCGACCUCGUGGUGGGCCGCAUAGUGGAAGUGCAGUCGCGACGGUGGAAGGUGGAUGUUGCGGCGCCGCUGCUGGCACAGCUCCCUCUCUCGGCGAUUAACCUACCGGGUGGCAUUCUGCGACGACGCACGAGCGCCGACGAGCUGCAGAUCCGCACGUUCUUCAGCGAGGGCGACCUGGUGGUGGCCGAGGUGCAGACGGUGCAUUCAGACGGGGCGGCAUCGCUGCACACGCGGUCGCUGAAGUACGGCAAGCUGCGGAACGGGGUGUUCCUUGCGGUGACGGGCACGGGCGGCAGUGGCGCCUCCAGUUCGACGGUGAAGGGCGGGGUUGGCGCGGGGGCUGGGUCGGCGGCGACGGGGUCGUCGGGGACCGGGGGUGUGGUGCGCUCGCGGCGACAAGUAUGGACGGUCAGCACGGCAAAUGGCGGCGGCGACGUGGAUGUCAUCUUGGGGGUGAACGGAUAUAUCUGGAUUUCGAAGCAUGCGGAUGAUACGCCGGCGGCGUCGUCGACGACAGAGAGUGUGUCGAUCACGCGCAUGGAGGAAAUGGUGUCGAGCUCAAUCUACUCCAGUCAGAACGAUGAGAUUGCGCCGCCGACACGACGGGAGAUUGCGCGGCUGGCGCAGUGCAUUCAGAUCCUGGUGCAGGGGGGCGUGCGCGUGGACGAGGAGACGGUGAUGGCGGCAUAUGAGGAGAGUCUGCAGGUGGAUUUGGAAGUGGGUGAUGACGAUGAGGAUGAGCAUGGAGAGGGACGAGAGUAUCUGGAGGGAUCGAAAGCUGGACGGAUUCUGGAGAUGGUGUUGAAGCGGUAG